AUGCCUCUGCCGAUUCGGUCCUCGAUAUGUUUCCUCUGUUCAACUAGAGCGCCAAUUGCUGCUCCCCUUACGCUUCGCCCGACAUGGCAGGCCACUCGAGAAAUGGGUACGGCGCGCUUGCGGCGCAAGUCCGCGCGCAUGACGUUGUCUCCUGACGUCGCAAAGUCUUCAUUGAAAAAGCCGCGGUCCGGCAAGGAACGCCCAGGUCCCUUCGCUGGGAUGAAUCAAACGAAGGCUCGGAUUCCCGAUGCACCACGAUCCAGAUCCCAGGCCGCUCUCAAGCGAUCUGGCGAGGAGGGCAAGACCGACAAGACGGAUGCUCCCUUGUACAAAGCACUCAAGAUGCAAACUAUGUUGUCGCCGAUAACCUAUGGUCGUCGUACUGCCAUCAAAGCCAGGAUCGCCAAUCUGACCAGCUUCGACCAUUUCCCUCUCCUGCCCGCGGUACGACACUCGAUUUUCUCUCAGGCCUUGCCUGGGUUGGCUGAUGUUAGCCCAACCCCCAUUCAACGACUUGCAAUUCCCCAACUCCUCGAUCACAACUCGGCAAAUAAGAAGAAAGCCCAAAAGGUGGAUGUGGAUAGCCCCCAGUAUGAGCAGUAUCUUCUCGCGGCAGAGACUGGCUCGGGGAAAACGUUGGCAUAUUUACUUCCUGUUGUGGAUGCCGUGAAGCGUGCGGAAGCCAAAGACAAAGAGGAGCAAGUCAUAGUUGAGGAAAAAAAGGCAAAAGAACGGGAAGAGAGGCUCAAGAACCGGACCUUCGAUAUUGAACCUGAGGAGCCGCCGAUGACCGAUGCUGGUCGCCCCAGAGCCAUCAUUCUGGUUCCAACCUCAGAACUGGUCACACAAGUCGGGGCCAAAGUCAAGGCCCUAGCACAUGCGGUUAAGUACCGUUCUGGAGUCAUCUCGUCCAACCUCACCCCCCGGCGGAUCAAGAAUACGCUUUUCCACCCUGAUGGUAUCGACAUCUUGGUGUCCACCCCCCAUCUCCUAGCGUCUAUCGCGAAGACCAACCCAUAUAUUCUCAGCCGUGUCACACACCUUGUUCUCGAUGAAGCCGACUCUCUCAUGGACCGCUCCUUCAUCCCGAUCACUACCGAGGUGAUCGAUAAGGCUGCGCCCUCGCUGGAAAAGCUGAUCUUCUGCUCGGCUACCAUCCCUCGCAGCCUCGACAACCAACUUCGCAAACGAUACCCUGAUGUGAAGCGCCUCACUACACCCAACCUGCAUGCGGUCCCUCGUCGUGUACAGCUUGGAGUGGUGGAUAUUGAUAAAGAGCCCUACCGUGGAAACCGCAGUCUUGCCUGUGCAGAUGUUAUUUGGUCCAUUGGCAAAGCAGGCGAGUCGAGCGAAGAUGAUCACUUCGGUCCUUUGGCCAAAUUUAUGGGUCCCAAGGUAAAAAAGAUCAUUGUGUUUGUCAACGAGCGCGAAGAGGCGGACGAGGUUGCCAAGUUUCUUCAGUCCAAAAACAUCGAUGCGGUCUCCUUGUCUCGUGACUCCAGCACUCGCAAGCAAGAAGAAAUUCUCGCUGAAUUCACCGAGGUCGAUCAGCCUCCGACUGCCGAGGAAAUUGAGCUGCUUCGAAAGCAGUCUCGGAUCGAGAAAUCCAUUCCUUUCGAUGCUGCCCAAACCAAGCCCACCGUCGAACGCCGUCUUCCCAAUACCAAAGUUCUCGUGACUACCGACAUUGCCUCUCGAGGCAUCGAUACCUUGGCCGUCAAGACCGUGGUGCUGUAUCAUGUUCCGCACACAACAGUCGACUUCAUCCACCGUCUGGGCCGUCUUGGGCGCAUGGGCAAGCGCGGUCGCGGUGUUGUACUAGUUGGUAAGAAGGACCGCAAGGAUGUUGUCCGCGAGGUUCGUGAGGGCAUGUUCCGUGGACAGGCUCUCAUUUAA